AUGCUGCGACUGCUUCCGCUGCUGAUAAUACUGCUGCUGUCGUUGCUGCUCAAGCUCCUACUGCCGCAGAUAUUGCUGCUGCUGAUACUACUACUGUGGCUGCCGCUGACACUACUGCUGCUGCUGCUGAAACUGCUGCUGCUGCUGAUCCAGCUGCUGCUCCUGCAGCUGCUGCUGCAGCUGCUGCUGCUGCCUGCGGAGCCGCGCUGCCUGCGCAAGCAUUCUUUGUUUGGCUUCUUCUGCGGAAAUGACUUCUCCGAGCUGCGCCUGCUGCUGCUCCCUCUUGUUGUUGUAGCAGUGCAGCAGCAGCACAGCAGCAAGCAGCAGCCAGAAGGCUGGAGAGAAGCAGCUCAGGUUCCGCUCCGGCAGCAGCAAGUCCCACAGCCGCUGGCUCUCCGCAGCCCGCUGCGCCAGCUGCUGCUGCGCCAGCAGCUGUCUCGUGAAGGCCUGCAGCAGCCUGCAGAGUCUUCCCCGGGUGCAGCGCCGAGCCCUUCUCCCGACGCAGGGGGAACCGCUGCAGCAGCAGCAGCAGCAGCAGCGCAGCGGGACAGCGCAGCAGCAGCGGACGCGCAGCAGCAGCUGGCGCAGCGGGCUGCGGAGAGCCAGCGGCUGUGGGACUUGCUGCUGCCGGAGCGGAACCUGAGCUGCUUCUCUCCAGCCUUCUGGCUGCUGCUUGCUGCUGUGCUGCUGCUGCACUGCUACAACAACAAGAGGGAGCAGCAGCAGGCGCAGCUCGGAGAAGUCAUUUCCGCAGAAGAAGCCAAACAAAGAAUGCUUGCGCAGGCAGCGCGGCUCCGCAGGCAGCAGCAGCAGCUGCAGCAGCAGCUGCAGGAGCAGCAGCUGGAUCAGCAGCAGCAGCAGUUUCAGCAGCAGCAGCAGUAG